AUGUUACCCAAUGAAGAGAUUGAAGAAGCAGUGGGUUCCCCUUCACCGGUCAUCGAAAUAAGUGAUGAGGAGGAGGAUAAUCAUACACGACCACAACCUCGACGUCGGCAUCCGGGUCGCCCUGAUUAUACUUAUCAAGAUUACCAAGAUACAGUGGAACAUGUGAUUUUGGCACCGCCUUUGCGCAAACGGAAAAGUGAAGAUUCGGAUGCGGCAGAUUUUCAGUCUAAAAUCAAGCGAUUUGUAAAGGAAAUCCAAGGACCGUAUGAAGCCUUGGAAAAGGAGAACAAGCGAUUGACUCAAGAGAGACAUCAAUGGAAGAAUGACAAGAAACAGUUGUGGCUCCAGAUUCGAUAUUUACAGCGACAACUCGAUGGACAGAAGCGGCGCAAUAUCUUGAAAUUUUAUCGGCCGAGUCACCUGGUGCAGCCCAUCUCAAAGAGGCAAUAUACCGACGGUAUCAACGCAGUCAAUGAGCCUAUAACCCCUAAGAGUCCAAUCCUUGAAUGCGAAAUUCCAGAAACCGAGGAUGCACUGGAAUCUAUGAUCUGUGUCGACGCGGCUGAACUCAGAUCCGCCUAUGAGCAUGAGAGCAAGCCAGACGUUCACUCGACGACGCUUGUCAUGCACGGUGAGGAUCUCCUUAAAAGCGAGAACAUCGAUUAUAGCACAAUGCCGAUAUGUCCCGAUGGGGAGCAGGUAGAGUCGCCACCUGUGCCCGAAGAGGAUCUUACCAAGGGUCUAUCCUUCCUGGAUACAGUCUACCAGAUGGUCGACAUUGUUCACCUGCUCAAAAAGCAUCCGAGCGAUCUGCCGCGUACUGUCCAUCAAAGUAUCUUGCAAAGUCUUCGCACCAAUCAGGGGCCGAUCAUCGACUCAACAGUCAGUCAUUGGUCAGACGGGAAGAUGUGGAUGAAAGUGCUGGAGAGAGGAUCUGCCACAAAUCGUCGGUGUACCGUACUCAACAUGCUGGAGUAUAUGGGUGCUUCAAAAUGGUACGACGGCCAGAUUGAACUGGCACGGCGUACAGUAUGCACCAAGGACAAUAAAGCUGUGGGUGAGAAGGGGGCAGCAAUGCAUGUGAUGAACCGUAUCACCGAUGAACAUAGCCUACUGAGUAGAAAGGUCAUUAUCAACCAGUUCUCCAGGGGGAAGAGAUUGCGUGUGCUUGUCGAAGAAAUCAGACUAGGAAUCCUGAUUAGUCCCAAGAUUUGGUGA